ACAACCAAUCAUGUGCUUGGAAACUUGAGUAUAUAUUUGGCGUAAUUUCCUCCAAUCUUUCUUUUUGACGCCGCGUGGUGCAGUUUUAACGUUGUUUCGUGCAUUCAUAACGCAGGGUAAGUGGUCAAGAUGUCUGGACAUCUAGAUGUCCUUCAAAUGAAGGAGGAGGAUGUGCUGAAGUUCCUGGCUGCAGGAACCCAUCUGGGAGGAACCAACAUGGACUUCCAGAUGGAACACUACACCUACAAGAGGAAGAGUGAUGGUGUGUACAUUAUCAACCUGAGGAAGACCUGGGAGAAACUACUGCUGGCAGCCCGUGCAAUUGUUGCCAUCGAGAACCCAGCUGAUGUCUGCGUCAUCUCCUCCAGGAACACUGGACAGAGAGCUGUGCUGAAGUUUGCCUCAGCCACUGGUGCCACCACCUUCCAUGGUCGCUUCACCCCUGGAACCUUCACCAAUCAGAUCCAGGCUGCCUUCAGGGAGCCCCGCCUCCUAAUCGUGACGGACCCCCGUGCCGACCACCAGCCCCUGACUGAAGCCUCUUAUGUCAACAUCCCCACCAUCGCCCUGUGCAACACUGACUCCCCACUCAGAUAUGUCGACAUUGCCAUCCCCUGCAACAACAAGGGUCACCACUCUGUGGGUCUGAUGUGGUGGAUGCUGUCCAGGGAGGUGCUGAGGAUGAGGGGCACCAUCUCCAGGGAGCACCCCUGGGAGGUCAUGCCUGAUCUCUACUUCUACAGGGACCCAGAGGAGAUUGAGAAGGAGGAACAGGCUGCAGCUGAGAAGGCUGUUGGAAAGGAGGAGUUCCAAGGAGAGUGGACCGCUCCAGCAGCUGAGUUCACCCAGCCUGAGGUGGCUGACUGGUCUGAGGGAGUGGCUGUGCCCUCUGUCCCCAUCCAGCAGUUCUCUGCAGCUGCUGCUCCUGCCAAACCAUCUGCUGCAGCCACUGAGGGGUUCACUGAGGACUGGAGUGCCCAGCCAGCCACUGAGGAUUGGUCAGCUGCCCCCACUGCCCAGGCCUCUGAAUGGGGUGGGGAGACUGCUGCUUGGUCCUAAGCAAUGGUGGCCAAAUGUCUGGCAGUACAAUAAAUUGCUUUUUUGUUGUACAAACUGA